GGGGUCACCGCGUUCGUCACACCCUGUACUACAUGAACCAUCCCAUCCUAGUCUACAGGCAGGUUCGGACUGACAACUCAUGGGGCCCCCGGGCAAUAGGGGAUCAUGGGGCCCCUGUGUCCUCGCCCACAAUCAAACCACACCCAAAAAAGCCUAUGAAAGGUACCAGGGGCAUCUCAUGGGGCCCCCUACUGACCCCGGGCACUCAGGCAGUGCCCGAAUGGUCAGUCCACCCGUCUACAGUGAAAUCCCACACACACACACACACACAUUUUUUUUCCAGCACACACUAUCCAGUAUCUCCUCCAAAUACUCCACAGUCCAACACUCUGACCAUACAAAUUGUCUAUUAAACACAGUCUAUA